AAUCAACGCGCGCAAUGCAAUGUGCCGCAUCGAUCGACACGACUGAUGCAUUAUGAUGAUACGCGGGCAGUACAGCGAUAAACGAUCCUCUACGAGCCGUUCAGAUUAUUUCUCCAUCUUCUGUUGUCAUCUGAUACUCAUUACUGCUAUUAGGAAGUCGUGCGAUCAGUCAUUUUCUACACCGUUUAACCAAGCGCAGCGGUCCAUCGCAUCGCGUGCGCUGAUUCUAUCUAUCCAUUUUCAUUAAUAACUCGAAAAUUUAUUAUGUGAUACUUUACAAAAUGAUGUUGGUCUUAUCUCUUUCAUUCUCAGCUUGAUCUGUUAUGUACGUUUUGUAUGAUUUGGUACGCUUUGCGUUGGAUGCCCUGUGUGUGUGUGUGUGUGUGUGUGCGCGCGCGUGUGUAUACCUCGCGCGAAGCGCGCGCGUGGUCGUCUUAAUGUAUCUUCUGACCUGUGAUGUUGUUGUUGUUGUUGUUUUUGCUUUUGCCUCAUUUUGCACGGGGCGAAAUACAUUCCACACCCGUCACCACCAACCGCCACACGUCUGUGCUAUCGUCUCAUAUUGUGGGGCCUAUCUACGAACGCGCGCACAACCUCCCUUCAUAUGAACGAAUACAAAUACCGCGAAACCAAAAAAAAUACGCGCCUUCCGGGCCCUCCACACCACCACCAUCACCCUUCACUUCUCCGGUUGUGUUACGGAUAUACUACCACUGCUUCUUCACCUCUUUCGAGUGCCUCGCAGGUGGCCACUUGGUACAGGGAACUGAAGGAGAGCUUCAAUUAUGGUCUCUUUUGCCCGCCGGUGAAUGGAAAAGCCGGGAAAUUCCUGGACGAAGAGCGCCGCCUCGGCGAUUAUCCCUUCAAUGGACCCGUCGGGUACUUAGAGCUCAAGUACAAAAGGCGGGUGUACAAGAUGUUGCAUUUGGAUGAAAAGCAGCUCAAGGCUAUGCACACCAGGACGAAUUUACGAAGGUUACUGGAUUAUGUGGCGAGCAGUCAGGUCGAGAAGAUCGCGAAGAUGUGCAGCAAGGGGUUGGAUCCUAAUUUCCAUUGUCAAGAGACCGGAGAGACACCGUUGACUUUGGCGACGACUUUAAAAAAACCGUCAAAGGUUAUAAUUGCAUUGGUUAACGGCGGCGCUCUGCUAGAUUAUCGAACGAAAGAGGGCCUGACGGCGAUGCACCGCGCUGUCGAAAGGAACAGUUUGGAGGCGGUGAAAACGCUUCUAGAACUGGGCGCCAGUCCGAAUUACAAAGAUACAAAGGGCCUUACACCGCUUUAUUACAGCGUUACUUGUAAGACCGAUCCGAUGCUCUGCGAAACGUUGCUUCACGAUCACGCGACGAUAGGAGCACAGGAUCUCCAGGGCUGGCAGGAAGUUCAUCAGGCAUGUCGCAACAAUCUGGUGCAGCAUCUGGACCACCUGCUUUUCUACGGCGCUGACAUGAACGCGCGCAACGCAUCCGGUAACACGCCGUUGCACGUGUGUGCGGUGAAUAACACUGACGCCUCGUGCAUACGUCAGCUACUCUUCAGGGGCGCGCAGAAGGAUAGCCUGAACUACGCGAACCAAACGCCGUACCAAGUUGCCGUAAUCGCAGGCAACAUGGAGCUCGCCGAAGUUAUCAAGAACUAUCAGCCAGAGGAAGUCGUACCGUUUAAAGGGCCGCCACGUUACAACCCGAAGCGGCGCUCAGUGGCUUUCGCCGGCGCCUCGAUGAUGACGACGAGCUGCUCGGCGAAUAAUCUGGGCACCCUCACCAGGAUACCGUCCACCGAACAGCACGCCGCGGCGUCUAACGCCGCCAGCAGUGUCGCUGCUGGUGGUACCCUCACCAGAACCGUCUCGGUGGAACAGUACGCGAGUAUCACGAGAGUACAGUUCGCUGAGCAAUACGCAGCGGCGAAUCUGAACCGAGUACCGUCCACGGAACAACCGUACCAUCCACCACUACCUCCAUCGUCCGCCAGCGGCGGCACACUCGUCCGAGUCGGGGAGAAGUACGCGCAGCACGGGGUGCUGAGCAGAGCCUCCUCCGGCGAGCGAUACGACCCCACCCUGGCCAGAAUAUCGUCCACUUCCGAGCAAUACCCGGCCAAUACGCUGACUAGGGUAUCGUCCAUGGAGCAGUAUCCGGUCGUCGCAGCGGGCCUGAGCAGAGUACCGUCCACCGAACAAUAUCCCUCCAAUGUUGCGAGUGUCGAGUCAGCCAGCGCGAGCCACCAUCACGGAAGCCUCGGCAGAGUACCGUCCGUAGAGUCGAGCAGUCGAAACGACUUACCGAGAAUACCGUCCGAACAAGACGGCCACCGACUGACGUCGGAGUACCAGAGCCCGAACUCCCUGAGAGAUCCUAAUGCGAGAUUACCGACAGCCGCGGAGAAUUAUCAGAACUUAAGAAUGGAGGGCCUGACGAGGCUGCAAGAGCACCGGCUCGAGCUGCAGCACCGCCUCGAUAUGCACAGAACAAUGGAGAUGCCGCCGUCGCCAUCGCCGAGCAGCAGGAGUUUAGCGCCUUUCAGCUCGGCCAGCUCGAGCUUGUCCGAAGGCAGCAAUCAGCCAUCCGGCGAGGACUCGGCCAGCAUCGUCACAGACAAGAGCCUCGGCGACACAGCGUCUGAUGUGAUCAGCGACAGUUCCGGAGUGGGAACCUCGCAGUCCGACACGACCAAUUCGUUAUCCAUUCCGGGUACGACGGUGGUCUGUGUCGAGAGCUACAACAGCGGCAUCACCGGUCAUCUGACUAUCAAUCAAGGCGACAUCCUCGAAGUCACCGGUGCUACCGACUGCGGCCUCUUGGAAGGUAUCCUCCGUGGACAGGGGACCGGCCUGUUUCCCGCGCAUUGCGUUCAAGAGGUCAGGCUGCGUCACACGAAUAUACCGUUGGGCCCGCAGUCCGCGAGGGACGGACGGAACCGAGUCUUAGGCCGCAGGGAGUCGCAGCAUAAAUAUUUUGCGACCGCGCCUAGAUUAAAAAAACCUGUCACAUCGGAGCCCCGCACUGUCGUUCUACAUCGUUCGAGGAAAGGUUUCGGUUUCGUGUUGCGCGGCGCCAAAGCUACCUCGCCGCUGAUGGAACUGACGCCAUCCGCCAGAUACCCAGCGCUACAAUAUCUGGACGACGUCGAUCAAGGGGGUGUGGCGGAUUUGGCGGGUCUUCGGAAAGGAGAUUUUCUUAUUCAGAUUAACGGCGAGGACGUAACGACGGCCUCUCACGAACGCGUGGUCGAUUUAAUCAGGAAGUCGGGAGAGUUAGUGCGAAUGACCGUAGUCUCGCCGAUGAUCAGCCUUCCAAACUCUCAGUCGGCGGCCGCGUUGCCAACUAGUCAACCCAUUCAGAGACAAUACGCAACUUUACCGCGCAAGGGUAACAACAACGUGGUGAUCGGUGGUACGCUUGGCAGAUCUCCAGCUCCCGCACCACCGCGAAGGGAUCCAAAGACCACUUUAAGCGUAGGUCGAGCGAGGGCGCGAUCGAUGGUUGCGGGAUUAGAAGGGGGCGGUGAGAGGGACGACCGUGACGAGAUCGCUUCGACAGGCGCGAAGUCGAGCAGUGCGGAAUCGAUUCACAUGCCGCAACAGUCGUCGACCGGAUCGAACACUGGGCAAAACACGCCGGUACAACCGCGAACAGCUAGUAUCCGGUCGAGGCCAACCUCCAGUAGGAUCACCGCCGCGGAACUCGAAGAACUAUUUCAGCGUCAGCAAGGUAGCGCCGGCAGUCAGUACAACUCGUCCAUGAUGAGCUCUCACUUUCAGACCGUCAGUCAGUCUACCAAGUCGCAUCCAUCGUCGCCCGCCAAGACUGGCCGGGUGUAUGCGAGCGUGGCGGAAAUGAAGCGCAAGGGCAAAUCGCACUCCAGAGUACGCUUUUUCGGUGGCUUGGGCGGCGGUUCCGAUCUUCACCGAGACUUCCAUAGCACGCCUGACCUUAAUGUGCAAGUGCAAUCGUCGUCCCUCCUGGCUCCGAAGGGACACAGAAGCCAGGAGGACGUGAAUGCUUUGAACGGUAGAAACGGGCUACCACCACCGAACCAUCCGCCGCCACCUCCGCCGGUCGGGCAGGUUGUCAAAGUGAACGUCGGCGCAAACGUACCGGACGUUGUCACGCCGGCUUCCGUUUACGACAACAUGGCACAUAUUCAGCAAGUCAAAGAACUAGCAGCGGCGACAGUUGAAAGCGGCUACGGUGUGAUGUCGAGCUUCCGGCCGUCGAACAGCGCGAAGCUGUACGCCUCACCGGAGGACAUGAAAACCGUCGGAUACCGUUCACGUAGCCUACCGGCGACUCGCUCGCACAUCAGGAAGUCGCACAGCCUCCGCGCACCCAACACGACGUUCAAACCGCCCGGCAGCCAACAAACGUUGAACAACAACAGCUGUGCCAAUGGGAACACCAACAGUUCAGCGAACAACCAGUACGCGCAGCCGCUCAAGACUAACAGAAGUCAUAGCAUAACCGGCAUUCGCGAGCGCAAGAAGAAGAGCGUGAGCGCCAGCUCGUCCAUCACGAAUCUCUCGUCAAUCGCGGCUCCCAGCAACAACAACGGCGGGCCCACACCGCCUAGUUCGGCGCCGCCGAUACCCGAGCCGGAUUACAGUCUCUCGGAGUCAGAGAAUGACGACGAAGAGGACGAGGACGAGACAGACGAGGACGGUGAGUCGGAAAUCGCGAAAGAAUUGGAGAAGGCGGCCGCGCGAGAUAAACUGGAAGCGACGCGAGAAACAUCGGGUAAUUCCAAUACAUCCGGCUCAAGCUCGUCGGGCAGCGGCUCGUUGCCGCAUUCGUUCAGUGUCGAGGAGAUUCAGAAAGUGCGCACGCAGCUUAAAUCUUCCAAAAGCCAUCCGAACGACUUUUUGCUGCAGCAGACGCAACAGUCGCUCACCGAGGACGGAGACAACAGUUCCAGCGGCGUCAGCUCCGAUCAAGAUGUACCGGUGGGUCCGCCUAUGGGUUUCGACGACACCGCCAAUCUACGGAAUCUCACCAACGAAAGCAACCAGCACCCAGCUGCGACUCUGAUGGCCAUCGGCUCGGCGGAGAAAGAGAGCGGCAACCCAAAGAUUCGGUCAGGCUACGGCAGCAGCGGUCUGUUGACCAGGCACGCGGUCAGCCUGGCCCAGUUACCGCCGCCGAUCGAAGCCGACGCCGAAGAGCAGAACAACGAUAUGUUCGUGCCGCCGCCGCCAGAAUUCAACGCCGGCCCGUCCACCGGUGGCCAGGAUGAAGUGGUGUUCGCACCGCCGCCGCAGUUUUGUGAUAACCGGCAGCAACAGCAGCAGCAGCAGCAACAACAAAUGCAGCAACAGCAGACUCCGCAGAAUAACGUGAAGAUAAUCGGCGCGAUACCCAAAGUCGUUGGGAACCAAGUGAAGGCAUCGGGUGGCGGACGAUUGCAGUAAAUGAAAAAAGCGGACGCUGAUUUCUGCGCAACGCACGCGGAUUCAUCCGGCGUGAUUUCUCGACGAGAGAAGGAGCCGCGAGUCUGUAACAUGUAAACGAUAAAUCACGAUUUCAGAGUCAAUAUAUUUAGAGGUUUCCCGCCUUCGGGGUUAGUGAUCGUCGGCUUCUCGAACGGUGUUGACGAUCGAUCCUGCGCGGACAAGGUCGAUAUUUGGCCACGACGUGCAGAUACGCUGUCGCAUUUCAAGCAAAACGUGCGGUAGCUUUUGGACAAUCUCUCGCCGAGCAAGUCGUAUUUUAAUCUUCGAGCGUAUAGGAAUUGUAGCUGAACAACCGAGGAGAGAUAUAUAUAUAUAUAUAUAUAUGUAUGUAUAUAUAUAUAUAUAUAUACAUAUAUAUUCAAGCGCGUUUUUACUAUUAUAAGUCCACGUGUGUGAACGUACGUCCGAUUUACGUCUGCACCGCAGUAGAGGGUUGUUUGUAGCGCAUCGAGCGCACCACGAUCGAUCGAUUGGUCGAUCUUAAGUCGUCCACUUCUUCCUCCCUGUAAGUCGCCAAACAGAUCCGCAAGCCGAUUCGCUGCGUCGUCAAGAGCGGCCUAAGGCCAAGAGCAAGUGAGUGAGAAAGAAAUGAAGAAAGCGGCGAGCAAAAAUCAAUUAUGUCACUGUCUGAAUCGGGAAAAGAAAUGCGAAUAAGAAAGGAAGGGAGUGUAAGAGAGGGGAAGCGAAGGAGAGGGAGAGAGAAAGAGGGAGAGAGAGAAACAACAUGUUUGAUACGUGUGUGAGUUAUAACGCGUGAAUGUGCGAUGCAUAUCGGUUGGUUUUUUCACAUUUCUAUCGAAAUAUGAUGUGCGUUUAAUACUUUUACACGACGUCACUCUGCGUAUCUGCGCGUAAGUUAAUAGUUGAAACUGUUGAAUAUUACAGUUAUUGCGCAAUCGCCUUUAAACCGAUUUUAAGCAAACAUUGCGGCAGUCUCGCACACUCUUGAUCCCCAUCACCGCCUUUCGUCGGCGAAGCAUCAAUCGCGACGACUUCGACGAUUACGUGAAGAUGAGAUCACGUUACAGAUGAGUUGUUAAUCGAACACGUGUUGUUUCCUUUUCGAUUAGUGUUCUUCUUCUCACAUGUGUCUAGACACUCUGCUCAAACGCCUAAUCACAAAGCUCUGCUCGCGAAGUCAUUAGAGAUUCUUUCUAGUUUGUAACUGCAAAUAUAUUAUUAGUAUUAUUAUAUUAUUAUUUUAUGAUAUAUUAUUAUUAUUAUUAUUAUUAUUAUAUCUCUCUAUAUUAUAUAUUAUUAUAAUUAUUAAGACUAUUAUGUAUUAGGCCUGUUCUACAAUACAUCAUGUGUCGGCGUCAUGUCCAAUGAAGAGAACUCUUUCUCGAAAAAUUAAUUCUUUCAUUGGAGCAUCGGCUGCGUUCCGACAUACGACAUAUUAAAACAGAUCUUACCGUUGUUACGAUUAUACGGUAACUACGAUUAUACGGUAUUUCACCAACCGAGCUUUCCCUCCUGCGAAGUGUAGUCGUGUUGUACAAAGACGUGCAACACUAUACUUGGUUAACGUAUUAUCGUUACUCCAGCCUGUGUAAAGUAAAUCAUAUUUCUUCCAUCCGCGUAAUGCUUCCUUGAGCCGGAAGACGUUGAAGUUUCUAUAAACUUCCGCGUUCUCGUCGAGUGAGUUCGAAAACGUGUUCACACGCCGUGCUCCUGCAUCUAUACGCGCUGCUCCUAUGAGAUCGUCAAUCAAAAAUCAGUUUCUCAAUCGUUCUCACCGAUGCACAACGGACCAAUAUCCACUCGAAGAGCGACAAAAAUCUUUUCGUCAUAAUUGCACUUAAAGCUUAAAUACUUCAUUCUUUAUAAGCAUAACAAGAUGUUAAAUUUCACGAAUGAUAUAAAUAAAGUUAAUUAUAAUUGCGAAUUUCCAAUAAUUUAUCACUCAAUCAUUAUAGCAUGUUUGAAAGGUAGUUUAAUUUAUGGUUGGUGAAUAUUAUUAAUGUGAUUAUAGUUUAAUUUAUAGUUGGUAAAUAUGAUUAAUGCUGUUAAUAAUUUGAUUAACAAGUCAUAAUUCUGCUAAGAUUGCAAUCAGUGUAUUAUUUAUCGAUGACAUAUUUUAGCACAUAGUUUCAUUAUGAAGCCCUUGGUUUAAAGUAUAUACAAUUAUGUUAUAUUAUUAUAUACCAAUUAUUUUACUAAAUAAUGAUAAAAAAUUACCUCAAAUUAAAAUUUGCAAUAAAAGUAUGGUUUUGUUUAUUUGUUACUAAAUAAUACUUAAUUUUCAAUUAUGUUUCUAUCAUACAAAAGUUAACACUUAGUAAAAGUUGUUUUUUAUUUCUAAAUCCUCAUUUAAUGACGAUUUCAGAAUAUUAUAACAAUAUUAGUAAUGAUUGGUAAAAGAUUAUUAUUCUUUUUAUCGCUAGGUCCACGUGUUUCCAUUAUAUACAAAGUACUGUACGAAAUUUAAAAAUCAAAGUAUNUUUAUAUUUGUCCUCCAAAAAUUUGGUUUGAUUAAAAUACAAAGUUAAAUAUUUAUGCAGUGAAAUAGUAAAUGCAUUUAGUUCCUCGGGCAUUUUAUCUUUGAAAAUCCUCAGAGCAUUCUUCUUCGUUGAUAAACAUUUUUGAAAUAGUGAAAUGAGAUAGUUGAAGCCAACUUGCAACGCUUCUUGGAUGAAUAGAAUCCUUUGAUUUAAAAAUUUCGUACAAUUUUUUGCGUGUAAUGGAAACAUGUGGACCUAAAUAUUUAAAAAAUGUUUUAUCAACCUUUACCAAUAUCGUUAUACUAUUAUGCAUUUAUAAUAUAUAGGUGUUUUCAAAUAUAUUAUAAAUGAAGAUUUAGAAAUAUAAAAAAACAACUGUUACUAAGCGUUACCUUUUGAUAGAAGCAUAAUUAAAAUUCAAGGUUAGUUACAAAUAAAUAAAGUUACAAAUAAACAAAACACAACACUUUAUUGAUAAUUUUAACUUGGGAAAUUUGUUUGUUAUAUUUAGUAAAAUAAUUGGAUAUAACAUAAUUAUACAUACCUUGACCUAAGGGCUCCAUAAUGAAAUUAUAUGGUAAAGCAGAUCACCGAUUAAUAAUACAAUCGACUGCCAUCUUAGUAGAAUUAUGAUUUAUUAAUGAUGUAACUAAUGGCAUUAAUCAUGUUAUCAACUACAAAUUAAUCUGUAACUAUAUUAAUAAUGUCUAUCAACCGCAAAUUAGGCUAACUUUUUAACGUGCUACAGUAAUUGAAUAGUGAAUUCCUGGAAAUUCGGAACUGUACUUAACUUUGUUCAUAUCGUUCAUGAAGUUUAACAUCUUGUUGUGCUUAUAAAGAGUCAACUGCUUAAAUAUUAAAUGCGAUUACGAAGAAAAGAUUUUUGUCGCUCUACGAGUGGAUAUCGGCACACUGCGAUGAUCGGAAUCGAAUUCUCGAACUCCUGCGAUGAGUCCGCGAAUCAAAAUUCCUCAAGUGCAAGUCAAUCGACACUACCCGAUGUACAUACAUGCCUGUUAUGUCGAUAAUAAAGCAAACAAAAUCGCCGUGCAGAUGCAACUGUAACUCAUGCCCGAAGAACGUAACGAAGGAUCUCACGGCUCUCGGUAACAAUGCUACAUAUUGUAAAUAUUAUGCUAUAUUGAGUAACGUUGCAAAUGUAUCCUCGAGUAUUCUAUAUAGGUAUGAGCAAUCAUCAUAUCUCAUUGUUUUACCGCAUUCACUAUAGUAAACGUAAGCGGUCAUUUCUCCUGAAAUCAUCAUCUGCGUCAUUUUCUGCGCAUCUUCCUGCGGGCCUUCCUGCGGACCUUAAGGAGGAAGAUCACAUUUUCUGUAAUAUACAUAUGUGUGAGCGCACAUGAGUUGCGGCAUCAUUUCUUGAGAAGCAGCGGGAGAAGUCGAGUCAGUACUGUACGCGGAAAUACAUUCUCAAAUGUUCCUCCAAUAUAUUUCGUCGUCGCUUUUUUAUAUGUAUAAGCAAUCAUCGCGAUCCAGUAUAGCGUGAAUAUUGAGGGUCAUUCCUUGAAUAUACAAAAUAACGCGUUUAAAAUUUGGCAACGUUAUUUCAAUCAUAUCUUAUUUUGUAAGUUCUUCUUAAUAUAGAUAUAUCGGCCUCUUUUAUAUUUUAUCUGAUUUAUUUAUGAUAAUUUAAAAAUCUCAUUUCCUAGUGAUAAUAAAUUGUAUAAAUACCUCACUUUCUUUAGCGAUAAAUAAUGAACAAAAAGAUAAACGCAAUAAUUAAAUAUUCAACGAAUAUCCUGAGGUAUUUGCCGGAUAUUCACGCCGUAUGGGACAAUUCACGUUGUUCGUGUAGGAUUAUUUAGUGCGACCCGCGAAUUCAGGUCAGUAAAAAGCAAUACACGCGCGCGUGCAUCAUGACAACGUUCGUAAACAAUAUGAAAAUAUGAGAUCGGUCGAAGGCGAGGCUUUAAGUUUCCUUUUUCAUGCACAUGGCACACGCGAUCCAGCAUAUGGCAUUCAGUAGCGCACGCACUUCGACCGUGCGCACAUUGAAUGCGGCAAAGAUAUUAUUACGACAUUCCUGCCAAAAGUAAUAUACAUAUAUGUAUAUAUAUAUAUACAUAUAUGUAUAUAUAUAUAUAUAUAGAUAGUAGUCAUAAUAUA